GAAGAGGAUUAUUCACGGCAGAAAAAGCAAGAAUUGAGGAACUGCUUUCGGGUGUGGGGGGUUGCAUGAAUCAUGAGUGCACAGUUGUGAAGUCACCACCGUUUGCAAAAGAUUCAAAAACGAGAAACACAGAUUUUUUAUUUUUGCAUAUAAAAAAAAGAGGGCAUUACGGUGAUUACCCACCCAACUAUCCAAUCCAUCAACCAUGUAACGUAGGCUUUAAGUGAUAGAAAUUAAAAACAGCACCAUCUUCACGGCAUGUCUUCUCUUCUCUUCUCUCCCUCCAUCUUCAAACUUGCCUUUUAUUACCUCUCAAUGCCACUCCCUUUUUCUCUUCACUCUCACUCUCUCCAACAUUCUCCAUACCUUCUCAUUCCACUUUGUUUUUUCCGCAACUGUUUCGAACCAAAUGCCGCUUUAUUUAAUUUAGCCUUUUUUUUUCUUUUGAUUUGAAUUUAUUUUCUAUUUUUGGUUCACGAGGGUGCAUUCGGUUGGUGCGCGGUUGUAGAUGUGAAACGAGGGAGCUGAGUUAGGUUCUUCUUCUCAUCGUUUGGGACUUUUCUUCUUCUUCUUCUUCUUCUUCUUCUUCUUCAUCGCUGAUCCCUAAUCGUUCGUUCGUUGCCAUGAAUCGGAGCUUCAGAGCGCCGGAAUCGCAAAUGCAAGACGCCUUCAAGCAGAGGCAGCAUCAAUUGGGGACUCUCAGGUCCUCCUCUCCGCGCGUCAUGGACAGGGACGACGAACUCGCCUUGUUCCUUGAAAUGCGGAACCGCGAGAAGGAGCGCAACGAUCUCCUGCGCCGCGCCGCAGAGGAUUUCGACGCUGCAGCACCGUUAGGCUCAAAUCCGGGGAAUUCUACCUUGUUUAACGUUCCGUCCGCUGCGCCGGCGCAGGCGAGGAAGACCGGCGCUGAUGAUUUUCUCAAUUCGGAGAAUGAUAAGAAUGACUAUGACUGGCUUCUAACCCCACCUGGGACUCCCCUUUUUCCUUCUUUGGAGAUGGAAACAUCAAAAACUGUUAUGAGUCAGCUUGGGGCUCCAACUGUCCGUCCCACACCAUUAAAAGCUAGAUUUGCUAAUUCUCCGUCAGAACAUGCUGGAAGGAGCAACUUAGUAUCUAAACAACCAGCCUCCUCCCCUGGGUUGACCUCUUCAGGUGGUGGAAUUAGGAGGCCCUCAUCAGCUGGGAAUCUGUCAGAACUUACUGGAAGGAGCAACUCAGUAAUUAAACAACCAGCCUCCUCCCCUGGGUGGACCUCUUCAGGUGGUGGAAUUAGGAGGCCCUCAUCAUCAGGAAAUCUGUCAGAACAUAGUGGAAGGAGCAACUUAGUAUCUAAACAAUCAGCCUCCUCCCCUGGGUUGACCUCUUCAGGUGGUAUAACUAGGAGGCACUCAUCAUCAGGGAAUAUUGGGUCACGAUCUGCAACUCCUGCUCGACGAUCUACAUUGACCACAGUUUCAAAAUCAUCUAGACCUUCAACAGCUACCACAGUUUCAAAAUCGUGUAGACCUUCAACACCUACCACUGUUUCAAAAUCAUCCAGACCUUCAACACCUACUUCUUGGACAACCACAGCUUCAACGAGGACGACCGUAGCUUCCACCCAGACCUCGGUUUCCUCAGCCAAGCCCAUGGUUUCUGCUCCUAAGACUGCAGUUUCUGUCACUAAAACUACUACAGUAUCUGCAGCUAAAACCACAAUUACAUCUAGAUCCUCUACACCAUUGUCAAGAUCUACUGCAAGAUCUUCAACACCAACAGCCAAGCCUACCUUACCUGCAUCCAGACCUACAACAAGGGCAUCAACCCCAGCUCGGCAACCGUCAACACCAUCUAAUGUACCCACUGUAUCUUCUCCUUCAGUUAAGACUUCUUCAGUCUCCAAGUCAGCUCCUGUGAUGUCAAGGCAGCCAGUACCAUCCCGUGGCACUUCACCAACUGUGAAAUCAAGAUCAUGGAAGCCAUCUGAAAUGCCUGGCUUUUCACUUGAUGCUCCACCCAAUUUGAGGACAUCGCUUCCAGAAAGGCCACUGUCAACAACUAGGGGGAGGCCUGGAGCAUCUAAUCCACGGUCCUCAUCUGUCGAGCCUACUUCUAGUGGUAGACCAAGGCGGCAAUCAUGCUCUCCUUCAAGAGGAUGUUCCAACAACGGCAUUUCUCGUUCAACUGGAAGCUCUAUGCCAGCAGUUAAUCGUGCGUAUUCCAAGGCAAAUGACAAUGUGAGUCCUGUUGUAAUGGGCACCAAAAUGGUUGAGAGGGUAAUAAAUAUGCGAAAAUUAGCUCCACCAAGGAUGGAUGACAAGAACUCUUUCCAUAAUCUUUCUGGCAAGUCAUCUUCAUCUCCAGAUAGCUCAGGCUUCGGAAGAUCACUCUCGAAGAAAUCCUUGGAUAUGGCUAUUAGGCAUAUGGAUAUAAGGCGAAGGGCUCCAGGCAAUUUACGGCCAUCGUUGAUGACAAAAAUUCCUGCAUCUUCAAUGUAUAGUGUGAGGUCCGGGCCUCAGCGUAGCCGAACUGCUAGUAUCUCCGGCUCUCCUCAUGCUUCUGGCAGUAAUGCUAGUUCUGAGGUGAGUGUAAACGAAAAUGGUCUUUGUAUAGAUAAUAGUGAAAUAGAUGAUGAUAUUGUUAGCGUGAGAAGUGGUCAAUCUUCUGCCACUGUGCAGGGUAGGUAAACGAUUCUCACACUGAAGAAUCCCUUACCUACGUUUUAAUGGCACAACCAUUCUUAUUAUGAGUUUCAGCCAUAUUGGAUUUUUAUAUGGAGCUAACCAUGCUUCAAUUUAUGUAAAGUUUACUAGAACUGAUAUAACCUUGGGGGAUGGUAUUUGUAAUUUUAGAUAGAUAAGCUAUUUGCUGAAAUUGUAAUACUCCUUUUUUUUUUUUUAAGUGGUGUUAUUUCACACGAAAACUGUAGAAAUGGUGUGGCAUUGUAUUUUUGAGAAAUGCUAGCAACAUGUGAGUUGACACUUUUUAGCA